ACCUAUCGCACGUCGCUUCGCGCUGUAAAAACCCACAAAAAAGAUGUUAUAAUAAAAACAAAGAUAUAUAAAUCAGAUAGUGAAACCCAAAAGCUAAAUUCCCUAUCGCUACCAAAAUAAAUCUGUGUUCCCCAACUUACUACAUAUAAAAAUAUAAAACAACGCGAGUUAUUUCAAGUAAACGCAAUGGACUAAAGGUCAACAUAUUGCUAGGCGAUAAAAAGCAAGCUUCUAUAAAUUGUACACACAGUAAUCACAACACAAAGACGCAUGGAACGGAAUUAAAACAAGAGUUUAAUUUAGUUCUAGCUGGCAAAUUUUCACAUCAAAAACUUUCGCAAUACUAAGAAAAUGAAAUGAAAUCCCAUAAAUAAACACAAAUAUAAACAGCUAGCUUUGAAAACGCAGUGAAAACAAAAGCUAAACAAAUAACAAUAAACAAUAAUAAUGCACGUGUAUUACAAGUUUGGAUUACUCUUAAUAUUUUUACUAAGCGUAAGCAUUAGCCACACAAAUGCUGCACCAGCGGGCAGUGAGGAGGCAAAUCGAGGGGCCGAUUUCUCCGAGAACUACGAUGAUUAUAGUGAUGAUGAUGUAAGCGGGAUAUCGACAGGCGAUGAAGCGCCGGAGACAGCAGAAAAUAGACUGAUGCCACUAUCAUCCUCCACAUCGACCACCACCACAUUUCGACCAAUAUUUAAUAUACCCCGACGCAGUAACCAUGUCCUGGAGCCCAGUUGCCCGCGCAGCUGCCUCUGCUUGGAGGACUUUAAAUACGUUCAGUGUGCGAAUGCCCAUUUAACCCACGUGCCUCUGGACAUGCCCAAAACGGCUGCCAUCAUCGAUCUGAGCCACAAUGUAAUUGCUGAACUGAGGCCAGAGGAUUUCGCCAAUCUUUCCCGAGCGGUGGACAUCAAUCUGAAUCACAAUUUGAUCAGCCACAUAGACAAGGAGGUCUUCCAAGGCGCAGAGCGUUUGCAGCGCCUACGUUUGGCCAACAACCGGCUAACCAAAAUCGAUCCCGACACAUUUUCGGAGGCCAAGGAACUAACCCUACUCGAUUUGAGCAACAAUUCCAUAACCCAACGCCUGGAUGGAUCCUUUUUGAACCAGCCCAAUUUGUUGGAGUUCAGUUGCACCAAUUGCAGUUGGACGGAAUUGCCGCAGCAGACGUUCGAGAACAUGAGUGCCCUGGAAACACUCCGCUUGAACAUGAACGAUUUCAAACAGCAAAUCAAUACGAAAGCUUUUACGCCGCUAACAAAAAUAAUUAAACUAAAGCUGCCAGACUUGGAGCAGAAGAACAUUGAGAAGCUGUGUAAACUGUUGGACUCCAUUGACACCAUAAAUUUCCUCCACUUUGACAUCAGUUGCUAUGAAUUCGUGGUGGGCACCUCCUUCAACGAGAGUCUGAUUCUGCCCACGGAAACCCCGAUUAAGAAGGGUCCCGGUCUUCCCAUCGUGGCCACCAGUACUCCAAAGCCAGUUAUUUCCACGCCAGCAACGCCAAGAACUGCAAAUCGCAAUCGUGGAAAAAUGGACAACAGCACGGAGUUGGCUAAGGCGGGAAUUCUGAGUACCGUGACCAACAGCAGUGGGGUUAGCGUGGAAUCACCCGGCGAGACGAAGACCAACCAGGUGGAGAUCUCCCCGGAGACUAUCAACACGCUGCUCAUCUGCAUCAUGACUUUGGCCGUGAUUGGCAUCGUCAUCGGCCUUAUUUGCCGCAAGGAUAUUGGUGGCAUCAAAACCAAAUGCUGCCGCACUAGCAAACCAGAGCCAAAGGAUCAGGUCCAUCCCACUGAGGAGAUACCAUUGAAUAAGCUAGCCUAAGAAAACUUCCCAAAAAACCAAAACAAACAAAGAAGAAAAGAGAAUCCUAUUCCUCCAUUUUUGAGAAAUAAUUCCAUUUUGCCGGCAUUUUUAUAGAAUAUAAAUAGGUAUACGUCGUGAAUAUGUAUAUGGCUAAUUAGUUAACUACUAUGACUCUGAUUUCAACUGUCGUGACACCUAAUUGUAGUUUCUAAACAUUGUUUGCCGCACAAAAGCUACCAGGAACAAAAUUACCCCUAUCCGCUGUUAGAUUUUAUUGUUUAAUCGGAGUAGGUUAAACAGCCUAGUCGCUUAGCGUUCUUUUCUUUAGGGAAGCAGCUCGGUAAAUGGGACCUUACACAAACUCCUGGCAUUGUUCUAGGUUUAGUUUCAAAUGAAAUUUCCAUCGCAACACUUAAAUUAAUGUAUCCACUAUAUACUUUAGUUCUUAGCAUUAGACAUUUGCCAAAAUACAAUAAAAAUGAUUAUUGUAAAUAGUAAAAAA